CUCCGCACUUGCUCGGCUCCCCCGUUCCAGCCUUCGCCAUGGGAUUCGGGGACCUGAAAAGCCCUGCCGGCCUCCAGGUGCUCAACGAUUACCUGGCGGACAAGAGCUACAUUGAGGGGUACGUGCCAUCACAAGCAGAUGUGGCAGUAUUUGAAGCAGUCUCUGGUCCACCACCUGCUGACCUGUGUCACGCCCUACGUUGGUAUAAUCACAUCAAGUCUUAUGAAAAAGAGAAGGCCAGCCUGCCGGGAGUAAAGAAAUCUUUGGGAAAGUAUGGCCCUGCCAGUGUGGAAGACACCACAGGAAGUGGAGCUGCAGAUGCUAAAGAUGANGAUGACAUUGAUCUCUUUGGAUCUGACGAAGAGGAGGAAAGCGAGGAAGCAAAGAAGCUACGAGAAGAACGCCUUGCACAGUAUGAGUCCAAGAAAGCUAAAAAGCCUGCAGUUGUUGCGAAGUCUUCCAUCUUACUAGACGUGAAGCCUUGGGAUGAUGAGACGGACAUGACAAAGCUAGAGGAGUGUGUCCGAAGCAUCCAAGCAGACGGCCUGGUGUGGGGCUCCUCUAAAUUGGUUCCAGUGGGAUAUGGCAUUAAAAAGCUUCAAAUACAGUGUGUAGUUGAAGAUGAUAAGGUUGGAACAGAUAUGCUGGAAGAGCAGAUUACUGCUUUUGAGGACUACGUACAGUCCAUGGAUGUGGCUGCUUUUAACAAGAUUUAAAUCAUUCAGUCAGUGCACUUAAAUAAAAGCUUGAAAGAUAAC